CCGCAAUUGAAGGGCUCUUGGGAGACUCCUCUCUCGUCUGUGCCAAUCCUUGUUAUAGCUCCCGUGCCCGUGAGAAGGGGGCAGUGCUUCUUCUUAUCUUGCCGUUCUCUCUUCCCUUUCUCUCACUCUUUCUCACGCCAUUUUUGCCUCAAUCUCACUAUUGUUGGUUUUCUGUUGUGCUCAUUCCGUUCCUUUUAAUUGUCUUGUGUCACGGUUCAUUUACCGGUAGCAAACAAACAAAUAUCGCGCUCGUAUCUCGCCAGGUGUCGCCAACGACAAAGCGAGAGUGGUCUGUUUAUCCCAUAUCCUCGACUAUCAAUGCAUUUUGCCGAAGAACAAGCAAAAUAGAGGAUACUUAUCCAGGGUGUCGAUUUCUGAGACGAAGCAUUAGCGUCGAAACUGGGCAAAUUUAUACGAAACGAACGAACACUUGGGCGGGAUAUUAUGGAUGCGCGACACGUUUGACAGACUCUGUUUUCUUCGCGACGACAAACGACAAACAAGAGUUCAUCUGUGAAGUUGGAUGAGGUGUUGGUGAAACGUUGACGGGUCUGAAGGAGCUCGUCGUUUGUUUGUGCGACAGCGACAUUUAUUCGGGCAUCACGAUAUAAUUCUCAACCUCACCUCAAUUCACCUCAUCACGACACAACACAUUGCAUUACAUCUCACAAAAUCAUAAUCAAGCUCAACCAUGGACGCUCCAAACACUCGACAUGGAAGUCAUCCAUCAGACUCGAUUCCUGAUGCCGCAUAUCCCAACGACUCUCCUUAUCGACCCGGCGAUCACUCACCUCAAAUCAUGGCUACUCCCAUCGCUUCGCCAUCCUCACCAUCACUACAGUCUUACUCAACACCACCACCAACACACUUCGGCGCCAGUAUCCCCGCAUAUUCCAGUCCAACACCAUCGCCAUGGUCCCCCGCUAUACCAUCAAGUCCACCUCCUCCAUACGAUCCGUCCCGUCCGCCAGCGAUAUACUCUCCACUUGCACCACCAUCGCCAAUCUCCCCGCCUCCGCCUCAGUAUCCGCCUUCAACGCCUUGGCCAUACCCGCAGGGCAGCAGUGCUGGCUCUAGUCUGAAUGCACCGUACAAGAUGGGACCUGUGGCUACGGCGAGAGCUCGACGGAGGAGAAAACUGCAGAUCCUCGCUUUGGCGCUUUGUGCGGUGAUGAUCUUCUUCGUUGCGUUGAUCAUGGGAAUUCUGAUGGGUGUUGUGAAGGUGCAAUGGAAAAACAACAACAACAACAACAACGAUGAUUAGCCUCGAUUAGCUGGACAUGCAACUGUCGCUCACAGUUUACUGACUUUUCUUUUGUUAAUACUUAUUUAGGGGAUAUUUGGGCUGCGGGUGCAGCAAUGGCAUGGCGUUGGACACGGGUCUUUUAUUUUCUUAAUGAGAGGAUUUGCUUGGAUGUGAAGCGAUAGCCACUCAAAAUAUAACUGGGCUCGUUUUCAUCAUAUCUGGGUUUUCACUGACGCGUGAUGUGAUGUGAUAUGUUGUCAACCAUCGAAUGUGGACACCUACAUGCUGAAUUGAAGCCAGCUGCCAUCCGUACAGCACAUCAGCUCGCAAUGAAAGUCAUCG